AUGGAUGUCGAUCGACAAGAAACGAUGGAAGAGACUAUUCUCGUCGGUGAUGAUCUUAUGCGUGGGCCACCUUCCCCUGUCGUACCGAAAGAGAUUGCAUCCCAUGUCCUUGAAGGUGUUGAGCUCUGUGAUGGUAUCCUGAAGAAUCUUUUCCUAUGCUUGCAAAUCAAUGAUAUUGAGCCAUUUUGUCAAGGCGAAAUUGUACUAUACAAACAAUACGCUGAGAAAAGGGAUAAGGAAAUAAGGGAACGACUGCAGGAUAGUGAAUAUAAAUUGGGUUUCUCGAUGCCCCUCGAAGAUGCAAAGGAAAGAGUCACUCAACUCCAAUCAGAACUCACACUGCUCGAAAGGCGCAUGAUUCUUGCUAGUGGUCUUCCGGGUAUGGAAGGAUUUCGCCAACGAUGGAGCUUGCAUGGACAGCUCGGCGAUACAAGGAAAAGGUUGGAGGCGCUGAACAGUGGGAUGGCAAAAAGAGAGAGCCCAAGUCCUCCAGGCGAAGGCACAACACCUGCAGUUAAGAAGAGGUGGUUCUUUUAG